CUUGCCCUCCUUUUGAAGGAGUUACGGUUUCGCUUUGCAGCUUCUUGUUUUUGGUUGGUAGCAAGCACUCUCUCUCUCUCUCUCUCUCUCUCUCUCUAGCUAUGCACUGCGAGCGAGGUUUGGUAUUGAGCACUUCGUCGUCUUCGUCGCCGUUUAAUCCGCCUUCUUCCGCGGGUACUUCGGCGGAGGAUGCGGCGGAUAUGGUGGCGGAUCGGACGGAGAUGGAGGCGGCAGAGGCGUUGGCGGAUAUGGCUCAGUUGGCUAUGAGAGAGAAGCCUGCAGAAUCGCCGGCAAAAUGGGGAAGCAAAGGGAAACGAGUCAGGAAGCGAGUCAAGAGCGAGUCGUCCCCCUCUGACUCGCGGUUGAGCCUGGUUGACUCGGCACCACCCUGUCCGGAUCUCGCCGAGGAUCAAGCGGGGCAGAGCGAGCAGAAGGUUCAAGCAAGCCGUAGAAAUAAAUCAACUAAACUUGGAAAGUCCGAGCAGGAUACUGAAUUGGGUAAGCAAACUCCUGUUGUGCCAAGAUGUACCUCAACUGGUAGUGGCAGGUCGAGACAGAAUUUGACUGAGGCUGAGAAGGAAGAACGAAGAAUUCGUAGGGUAUUGGCAAACAGAGAAUCAGCUAGGCAGACUAUUCGCCGAAGGCAGGCUCUUUGUGAAGAGUUGACCCAAAAAGCUGCCGAUCUAGCACGCGAGAAUGUACAGUUGAAGAUGGAAAAGGAUUUGGCCUUAAAAGAGUAUCAAUCUUUAGAGACCAUAAAUAAACAAUUGAAAGCACAGAUAUCAAAGGCAACAAAACCUGAAGCAGGACAAGCUGUAGAACAGCCACCUCAUCUCAACAUAUCUGCCUCUCCAUCUACAACUUACCCAGUGAUGCUUUUUAAUCAAAAUCCUCUACAACCACUAUGCUGGCCUUCUGUUGUUCAGGCCUCACAUCCUAUACAAUCACAACAUGGGCCUCCUACUGCUCUCGUAGUUCCUUCUGGCAUUCCUGCACAAGCUCCUGGAAAUCUUCUAUUAUCUCAGGAGCAGGAAAACCCUGUAAAAAGUAAUGGACCAAGAACUCCUAUAUACAUAGUUCCAUGCCCUUGGUUCUUCCCUCUCCCGGAUCACGGGAAUGGCCUUCAUCUUCAAUCCUCCUCUGGCAUGAAAAACAUGCAUGAUGAAAAUUCUGUGAAUAAUUCCUAUAGUUCUGUUCCAUCUUUGAAAACAAUUACAGGUAUAGAGAACCAUAUUUCUCAUUCUCCCACCGAGAAAGUGAAAGAAGAGACUUCUAGCUCAACUGAAUCCAAACAUGCAAAUGACCUUAACGAGGUCCCGGCCGGAUUCCCGCACGAUGGAGGUAGUCAUUACAUAGGUCUUCACCCCAAAGAAAUGAUGCUUGCACCUCUACCUCAAAGUUCUAUGGGGCCUCCAUUUACUUUUAAACAAGAGAAUGUGUUUCCAUCAGAUUAUGUUGGUCAUGUUUUAACUGUUUUUCCAGAGAAGAACCAGGGAACGGUUGAUUACUCAAGUAAGAAAAUGGUCGAUACUGUUGCUGCAGCUGAGGCAAGGAAGAGGAGGAAGGAACUUACGAAGAUAAAGAACCUCAACAGCCGUCAAUGUCGGACUCCUGCUUAAAACUUACUAUCCAUGAUUCUGGUAGGCUCUGUGACUAAAGGAGUUAGUGGACUGCAGCUUUAGCCUGUGCAGGAACAACUAUAUACAUAGUUUUCAGUUUAAAGGAUCAACUCCAACUUAUUCUUGGCUUUACAAGUUCAAACUCUUUUUAAAGGUUUGAGGUUGUUACCAUUUCAAUAGGUUGCACCAGAAGAUGGAUGGUAACCAAAAAUUUUGGUGGCCUUUUAGCUUUUUUUUUCUGUGUAGCCUAAAACAACCAAGGGUAUGAGAAUUAGAUUUUUGAUUUUGAAUGCUUUCUAUCAGUUUAUCUUUUUAUUCUUACUAAUGUUCUUUUAUAAGUGGCUGGUAGUUUUGGUUAGAGGAUGAAAACUUAUUAACAAAGUAAUGCCACAAUUUUCGUGGUGUUCCAUUCUUUC